CAAACGGAAGGGGGAGCAGAACUCUUUUUGCCUUGGCUCAUCUAUUUAAUCUGAAGUCCCCGAGGCUGACUUUGAAGAACUUCAAGCUGAGGGAAGGGGAAGGUCAGCACCUACAUCCCAUUCCUCGGCAACUCCUAUAGGUAUUUAUCGAGUGAAGAGCAGCAAGAGAAGGAGCCAAGAAGACACCAGGAAUUCCCUCCGAGGUGGAUUUGGUAAUGGUUUCACUACUCCAGGAUCAAUCUAAUAUUAAGUUUUCUUCAUCGGACGCUCUGGAGAGGGACCAACACGACCUCAUGAAGACACAGGGGGAUUCAAUAUCCCCAGUGCAGCAAACUGAUAAUCCCGGUUACAACUGCCAACCGUAUGAGUCAGACAGCAGGACGGAAAGGAAGAGUUCCGAGUCUUCUCACAGCCCCAGCCCUGCUUCCCCAGCCCAGGAUCCAAUUCAUGGGAGAUAUUCUACAAACCAAGUGAUUCACUGUGGCAAGAACAAAUUUAAAGCGUUUUUCAGUACCGAAAAAUUCAGACGGUACAGUUACGAGGAAAGUACUGUAGGAAACUACGACAGAUUCCUGAAGAGCAGCAGAAACCCCUUUCACCCUUACAAGAGGCAGAUCAGCGAAGACGUCUUCCAGGAAGCAAACCAAGCCCUCCCACCAGAAGGUUCACCCUUCAAAAAUUCUACAAGCAUUGAUGGCUUUGAGGGUUUAUCGGGAUCUACGGGUCCUGACGAGCCAGAGGCAUUUCCUACGCACAUUCCAAACAUCUCCACAGAGCAACCGUGGUGCAACAGCCUCCAAUACAGCAACACAGGUCAAGAACACAGUUCACAAGUCAUGCAGGAUUCAGACAUGAAGCUGAGGACGUCCCCACUGGAAGGGCAACCUGGUCUAUACUGCUAUCAGCCUCCAGUGCAGCAGAUGUAUUGUCCCUCGCAUCCUUUCCAUCAGUAUCCCUCAGGAGGCAGCUAUCCUGUGACUUACAUUACUUCUUCACACUACCCUUACCAAAGGAUUGCUCCUCAAAGCAGUCAAGAAUCCCAGCAGCCUCUAUUUCCCAAGCCCAUCUACUCCUACAGCAUCCUGAUCUUCAUGGCGCUCAAAAACAGCAAGACUGGGAGUCUGCCAGUCAGUGAGAUUUACAAUUUCAUGACGGAACACUUCCCUUACUUCAAGACAGCUCCAGAUGGCUGGAAGAAUUCUGUCCGCCACAACUUAUCUCUGAACAAAUGCUUUGAGAAAGUGGAAAACAAAUCAGGCAAUUCUUCUCGGAAAGGCUGUUUGUGGGCUCUGAAUCCAGCCAAAAUUGAUAAGAUGCAGGAGGAGCUCCAGAAAUGGAAGAGGAAAGACCCAGUUGCUGUAAGGAAGAGUAUGGCAAAGCCAGAAGAACUCGACACGCUGAUAGGCGACAAGAGCGAAAAGCUGAGAUCUUCCAUCAUGUCCUGCAGUCCAACUGGCCUUGCAAGCGCAACCAUUCCCAGACAGAUGGCAGUCCAAGCCCAUUCCUUAUGCGAGCCCUCCCUUUCCUCCGGGAUACCCCAGCCCUUGCACAGCAUCCACGCAUCAGGAGCUCUACAGGUCAAGAACCCACUACCGAAUUUGCUUGGGGGACAGCAGACGGCGUGCUACACAUCCCCACAGGGUUUUCCUCCGAUCUCAAGUACAUUAAUGCAACAGUCGCCUGCCCCUCAGACCCUGUUUCCUGCUGGGGAGGCUCAAAGUGAAGCCAGAACUCAGCCCAGCAUCACUCAGGAUUCUCCGCUGCCAGCACAGACCCCACCGAUGUGUGGUGGGAAGAUGCUGGCAGAGCAUUCGACGGCCAGGACAGUGCAGGACAACCUCAUGCAGGAGGGAGAUCUCAGCAACGACAUCGAUGCUCUUAAUCCAUCCCUGACUGAUUUUGAUCUCCAAGGGAAUCUUUGGGAGGAGCUGAAAGAUGACAGCUUGGCUGUGGAUCCCCUCGUUCUCAUCUCAUCGUCCCCAACGCCUUCCCAGUGCUUCCCUUCCCACUGCCAGUUGGACACCGGCACCAACGCCUCCGGCGGAGCCCCGCACAGCGUUCUACCCGACCUCCAGCUCACCACGCUCUACUCGGCCUUCAUGGAGUUGGAUACAGUGUCCCCUGCCUACCUAAGUAAUUCCGGAUCCAAACCUAUAGCGCUAAUGUGAGCCAUGCACCCACCUAAUCAGUGUUGUUAUUAUUUCAUCUAAACACAGUCCUAACCAUCACACACCCAUCUGAUUUAUGUCAGCUGAGACUGCCUCCAUCCCAACAAGAGUAACCUUCAUCCAGAACUCGCCUGCAGGAUAUGUAGCUUUAUUAUGUGAGUUUUCUACAGAUAUAUGCUAAAAAAAGUAUUUCAAGGACUAUUUAAAGAUAAUACUGUUCAUGGCUGAACCGGUCAACACCAUUUUAUUGAGCCACUCAUCUUCUGCAUCUUCCAGAAACAGCAAAUUAUUGACUUUUUUCUUCCCCCCUCUCCUAUUUUUUCUUGUAUUUCUUUCUUCCUAAAUGAAAGCUGCUUGCAAACAAACACAGAAGUCAAGGUAAACAGUAAUCUAAAUUAUUUCUUGGAGCCAAUGGUGUCAACAACAUCUGCCACAGAUAAGUAGGAAAAAAAUAAAACUCUGCAAAUUAAAACAUUUAUUAUCGCCUCGAAAGAAGUUGAGUUUUGAGAAACAAGGACAGAAACAGAAAAUUCCGCAAGUAUGAUUAGACAGAGGACUGGCUGCUGACAGACUGAACAGAAGCAACAGGUACACUUGGUGAAAGAUCUGAGUUUUACUGUGUUUAAAAAGAAAUAUAAAACUGUUUUUUUAAUAAAAAAAUGAAAAAAACUCAGUGGAAUUUUGACUUGGCCUGAAGUUAUUCACAUUCAUUCCUCUAUCUUCUUCCACAUCAGGUGGGAAGCAAGAUGAGUUAUUCAACCCCUAAAUCAAGAUUUCUCAAUAACGCUAACAAAAAAAGAGAACAAUAAUUGGACAGUUAAGCAAAUCCAAAGAGCGUUUCUAUUUCACCACCCACCUGACAUCCCACACACCCCACAGGGAUUAUUGUGAUGCUGAUCAGCCCUUGCAGUAGGACAGUGGAUGGUUCCUCAUACAAACUGAGCUCUGGCAUUGCUAGAGUUGGUUUCUCCAGGACAUCCUUCUCUCUCCGAUGUCAUGGAGUCGUAGAAUAGCUUGGAUUGGAAGGGACCUUAAAGGUCAUCUAGAUCCAACCUCCCUGCCAUGGGCAGGGACACCUCCCAGUGGAUCAGGCUGCUCAAAGCCCCAUCC